GAUAGAAAGAUUCUAAAACAAUUUUCUUUAUUUCUCACAAGAUAAAUGUGAAAGCAAGUGUUCUAUGUUAUCUACAUGUCGUUUUUACUAGGAGUAUAUAGUUUGCGCAGUUAUUAUGUGGCAGCACAUGUACCAACCAUUGAACCUUCUAUUACGUUAAUGUCAUAUGAUCAGUUUGCAAAUUGAUAUUGAAUUCAAGGGAGUGUCUUGAUUUUAUGGUAGUACCUGUUUAAAAUAAACAUGUUCAAAUUAUUUUUGUGCUUUGUAGCUGCGUUAGUUGCAGUCAAAGCAAGUGGAGAUUUUGUAGUACUACACAGUCCAAAUAGCGUUAUAUUCAAUGGGAAUGAAGAAGUGGAGCAAAGCUUACUAAAGGAAGUAUUAGCUGCUGCCCUAGGCUUCACAGUCAAACUGAGAGGAAUAUGGAGCGGCAUUUCUAUCACUGAUCCAUUUAAAUUACCAGAAGCGGUUGUUGCAGUAGUGAUAGAAGGAGUGGAUUCUUUGGAUAUACCAAAAGGGAAAAGGUUUCCUUUAAAUGUAAAUGAAGUUGAGGAAACUACUUGGCAGGCUCUUAGAGAACGUUUAGAAGAAAGAGACAACGAUAAUACUUUAGUGAGGAUAUCAUUGGGCGAUGGUUUAGAUGCUCUGGGACAGUCGGCUCUUGGAGAAUUAAAACCCACUCCCAUUGAUGAAACAUCUUUAAGAUCUUUAAGUUUAAGAAAAGAGGAGGACAAAAAAUUCCUUGAAGAAGUACAAUUGCUUCAUGCUAUUGCCAAAAAAGCACCGUCAGCAAUCAAACCAGAUUCGAAGUCUGAUAUUUAUUGGCUUGUUAUAUCUAGUUUGCGCCCCAUUUUUGAUACUUAUGGAAGUAAUUCAACUACAUCUAGAGAAGCUCUGUCGUUGUUUGAUAAUGCUCUGAAUGUUAUUCACGAUGCAUUUAUUCAAGCUUAUGAUGGUCAGCAAGAUGAUCAACGUGAUGAAAAGAAAAGCAUAGAAGACGAAGAGGAUUCGAAUACAAAUAAUAAUAAGACUAGCAUACCCCACAGUGACAUGAAAAACUCGACUGCGAAUAACGAUACACGUGGUGAUAGUGGAAAUCAGGAUUUGACUAAUAUGGAGCAUAAAACAUAUCCCGACAUACAAAGUAUAGGACAGGAAAGCCUGAAUCUCGCGAAAACGUACACGGAAAAUUAUCCGGUCAUCUUUAAUAUCCUCUUAUGGUUUGGAGUUUUUUAUGUCUUUUCACUAAUUGCUAUUUGCAUUGCCAUUUCGCAAAUGGAUCCAGGCCGGGAUUCUAUAAUAUACAGGAUGACUUCUAAUCGUAUGAAGAAGGAUAAUUAAAAAUGUAAAUACACAAGUUGACGAUAUAAAAAUUAAAGAAAAAAAAAAAAAAAAAA